UUCUACAGAUAAGGAUAUUGGGUCUGAGAGCAGUUGAAGGGCUUCUCAGCAUGACAAUUAUACGUUUCAAGGUUGACAAUGAGGACACGGAUUUGAGGCCCAAGUGGCUUGAGAUACUGUCUGUCAAUAACAAAUAGGGAUGUUGGGAGGAGAAGCUGGUUCUCUGAAAAAGAUUAUAACUUCAGUUUAGGAUGUGCUGAGUUGUGGAUGAGUUGAGAAUGAGGAGCUGGAUGAAUACUUCUACGGCUUUGUCUCUGCUGCUCCCAUACUGCAUUAGCACUGUCUGCUCAACUUGGUGGAGGUCAACAUUUUUCCUCCAUCAGAACCUUUUCAAGUUAGCCUGAGAGCCCAGUUAAGAAGGAGUCUCUUAAUCUAUCCUAAAUACACUCUUGGAAUCCCUUGGUGCUCUACUCAGGCUGACCCCAACCCAGAUUUAGGUGCAAAUGACACUGAUUUGAUAACAUGCUUUCAUAUCCUUUCCCUCCACUGAUGCCCACAGUACUUCUGUGAGAUUUGAAUUCUUGCCUCUGUCACAUCAAUUAAGAAAUGGGACUCCAUUAAGGUGUGAGAUUUAGCCAAUGGCCAACAGCUAAUGGUGCAAUCCUGGGGGCUGGACUCUUGAGCCUCUGUCUCCAACAUCAUGACUUGUUCCACUGUUUUCAGUGCAGCUCCCUCCAGCCCUUUAUGUUCCUCUUCCCUUUCCUCCUACACUACUUCACGAAUCUUCAGGAACUCUUCCCACACUCUUCUGACCAUAUCUGCUUUCUAGAAAGCUUCUCAUAUCAGUCAUACAUGUUUUAGUAUGAAUUUAAAACUAUGGGUUCUCUCUCUCGAGGGUAUACAUAUUCUCAUUAUUGUCUUUUCCCUGUUCCCUGUAAUGAAUACUUCUUGAGCCCUUACUGUGUUUCUGGCACUGGGAAUACAAAGAUGAACAUUAAGAAUCGCCUAUACCCUCCUGAUUUAACCACAUGAGGCCAGAAAGCUUUUGUUUCCUGUAAAUAGACUUCUGGGAUCCACAUACCUUCUAGAUUGAAGAAAUGUCAACAGUUGGGAAUUUUGAAGGAUUCCAGCCUGUGUCUUUGAAGCAAGAGGGAGAUGACCAACCCUCUGAGACUGAUCGCCUGUCCAUGGAGGAGGGGGACCCUGGCAAGGAUCCAGUGCCGAGGCAGAUUUCAAGGCAGUCAAGUGUGACUGAAUCAACACUUUACCCCAAUCCUUAUCACCAGCCUUAUAUCUCACGGAAGUACUUCGUUACACGGCCAGGGGCUAUGGAGACUGCCAUAGAAGACUUGAAAAGCCACAUAGCUGAGUCUUCUGGAGAGACUAUUCAAGGCUUCUGGCUCUUGACAAAGAUAGAUCACUGGAACAAUGAGCAGGAGAGAAUUUUGGUGCUUACAGACAAGACUCUCCUGAUCUGCAAAUACGACUUCAUCAUGCUCAGCUGUGUGCAGCUGCAGCGGAUUCCACUGAGCGCUGUCUAUCGCAUCUGUCUGGGCAAGUUUGCCUUCCCUGGGAUGUCACUGGACAAGAGACAAGGAGAAGGCCUUAGAAUCUAUUGGGGGAGUCCAGAGGAGCAGUCCCUGUUGUCCCGCUGGAAUCCGUGGUCCACUGAGGUUCCUUAUGCUACUUUUACUGAGCACCCUGUGAAAUACACCAGUGAGAAGUUCCUCGAAAUUUGCAAGCUGUCUGGGUUCACGUCUAAGCUUGUUCCGGCUAUCCAGAAUGCCUGCAAGGAUUCCACUGGGUCUGGAAAAGGAAGGAGACUGAUGGUGUUAACUGAACCCAUUUUGAUUGAGACCUACACUGGGCUGAUGUCAUUCAUUGGAAACCGCAACAAACUUGGCUAUUCCCUUGCCCGUGGGAGUAUUGGUUUUUGAGACUCUUUUUUGGUACCAUAAGUAUGUCAUCCACAAAUAUGUCAUUAUUGAAGAUUCCAUUUCAGCCCACCAUAUUUUUGGACUGAAACAAUUGAUUACUUUUAAUAGUACUACAUUAUUUUGAAUAUUCAGUAUUUUAGGAAAUCUAAAAGCUUGACUGGACUGAUAGAUCCACACACUUCAGACCUCGUAUAAGAAUGAUCAAAUUUCUUUAAUACUAGAAAAUAAAUACUGCUAAGCCCAU